GUGAGGUCGCCGGUGUCUGUGGCUGGUCGUCGCGCUCGGGCCCUCGUGGAGCAGGUCGGGGGCCUCGACGCAGGCUGCUCGGAGCGUCCGCCAUGAGGAGAAGUGAGGUGCUGGCAGAGGAGUCCAUAGUAUGUCUCCAGAAAGCCCUGAAUCACCUUCGGGAAAUAUGGGAAUUAAUUGGGAUUCCAGAGGACCAGCGGUUACAAAGAACCGAGGUUGUGAAGAAACAUAUCAAGGACCUCCUGGAUAUGAUGAUUGCUGAAGAGGAAAGCCUGAAGGAAAGGCUCAUCAAAAGCAUCUCCAUCUGUCAAAAAGAGCUGAACACCCUGUGCAGCGAGUUACAUGUCGAGCCAUUUCAGGAAGAAGGAGAGACAACCAUCCUGCAACUAGAAAAGGAUUUGCGCACUCAGGUAGAACUCAUGCGAAAACAGAAAAAGGAGAGAAAACAGGAACUGAAACUACUUCAAGAACAAGAUCAGGAACUGUGUGAAAUUCUUUGCAUGCCCCACUAUGAUGUUGGCAGCACCUCGGUUCCCAGCUUAGAAGAGCUGAGCCAGUUCAGACAGCAUGUGGCAACACUGAGGCAGGCAAAGGCGUCCAGGCAUGAGGAGUUUGUCAACCUAAAGAGACAGAUCAUACUGUGUAUGGAAGAAUUAGAUCACACCCCAGACACCAGCUUUGAAAGAGAUGUGGUGUGUGAAGAUGAAGAUGCCUUUUGCCUGUCUUUGGAGAACAUUACAACACUACAGAAGUUGCUGCGGCAGCUAGAAAUGCGAAAGUCACAAAAUGAAGCAGUGUGUGAGGGUCUGCGAGCUCAGAUCCGAGAGCUCUGGGACAGAUUGCAGAUACCUGCAGAAGAGAGAGAAGCUGUGGCCACGGUUAUGACUGGGUCAAAGGCCAAGGUCAAGAAAGCGCUGCAAUUAGAAGUGGAUCGGUUGGAAGAACUCAAGAUGCAAAACAUGAAGAAAGUGAUUGAGGCCAUUCGAGUGGAGCUGGCUCAAUACUGGGACCAGUGUUUUUACAGCCAGGAGCAGAGAAACGCUUUUGCCCCUUACUAUUCUGAGGACUACACAGAAAAUCUGCUCCAACUCCAUGAUGCCGAGAUUGUGCGGUUAAGAAACUACUAUGAGGUUCACAAAGAACUCUUUGAAGGUGUCCAGAAAUGGGAAGAAAGCUGGAAGCUCUUCUUAGAGUUUGAGAGAAAAGCUUCAGAUCCAAGUCGAUUUACGAAUCGUGGAGGAAAUCUUUUAAAAGAAGAAAAGCAACGAGCGAAGCUCCAAAAAACACUCCCUAAGCUGGAAGAGGAGUUGAAGGCACGGAUCGACAUGUGGGAACAGGAGCAUUCAAAAGCGUUUGUGGUGAAUGGGCAGAAAUUCAUGGAGUAUGUGACAGAACAGUGGGAGAUGCAUCGACUAGAGAAAGAGCGAGCCAAGCAGGAAAGACAACUAAAGAACAAGAAGCAGACAGAGACAGAGAUGCUGUAUGGCAGUGCUCCUCGAACACCCAACAAGCGGCGAGGCCUGGCACCCAACACGCCAGGCAAAGUGCGCAAGCUGAACACUACCACCAUGUCCAAUGCUACGGCCAACAGUAGCAUGCGGCCCAUCUUUGGGGGGACGAUCUACCGCUCUCCUGUGUCUCGACUUCCACCUUCUGGCAGCAAGCCAGUUGUCACUUCCAGCUGUUCAGGAAAAAAAACACCCCAUGCCAGUAGGCAUGGAGCCAACAAGGAGAACCUGGAGCUCAAUGGCAGCAUCCUGUGUGGUGGGUACCCCAACUCGGCCCCUCUCCAGCGCAACUUCAGCAUUAAUUCUGUUGCCAGCACCUAUUCUGAGUUUGCGAAGGAUCCAUCCCUCUCUGACAGCUCCACUGUUGGGCUUCAGCGAGAACUCUCAAAGGCUUCCAAAUCUGAUGCUACUUCUCGAAUCCUCAAUUCGACCAACAUCCAGUCCUGAGAAGCCCUGAUCAGUCAGCCAGCUGUGGCUUCCUGUGCCAAGACUGGACCUAAUUAGAGAGGGGUGGUUUUCAUUUUUCUUAAAUUUAGGUGUCCUUGAAAGCCUCGAGAGGUUCCAUUACCAUGGGCCUAACUUACAGAAGUAAAUGAGUGUUACAGAUGAAACUCCAUAAUAGGCUUAGUGGGUCCUUAGAGACUUGGUUUUAUUUUGAUUCAAAAAACACAUUAAAACUUAGUUCAUAGCAUUAAGUGCAAAUUUUAGCAUAUUGAAUCUAAUUUCUUUUUCUGCCCCAUAAUUCCUCUUGCUAAAGCACGAUCAAGGGCUUGUUUUAUUUCACCAUUGUGUAGGAAAAUGCUUGACUAUGCCCAUCCUUGGGGUAUGGGACAUGAAGUAAUUUUGGCUUGUACACUUAUAAUUAGCAAUUAAUAUCUUUUUUGUUUAGAGAUAUUCAGUUAAUGCUAUAGCUGUGAUAGCUUUGCUCUCACCUAAAGGCCUGUCCCUACCACACGACAGCCUUCCACCUGAUGAGGAUGUCUGCAUGUCAGAAGCUGAGACAGCCAAAGAGGUGAUGGGGCGGCUGGGAGCUCCUUUGUUAAACUGUGUACAGUUCUGUUAUAUAGUGCAGUGCCCUUGGUGGGGGCAUGUGUAUGUGAACACACGUGCUUGUCUGAACUCGAGUUCUUCAGUUUUUCUCUGGGUCCCGUCCCCCAUCCCUGUGCCCGUUAUGCCUGAGUUCAUCUGUCCCCUGCAGUUGCCAGCCAAGUUGGGACACUGUUUGGAUGGGUUGGGCCAUUUCUGUCGUGGAGAUCUGGAAUUUUGCACAUGUCAGUACUGGGGAGUUGUUCCUGCUGUGGCGUCCACGAUGAGGCUCCUUCUUGACCUAUCCUGUCGAUCACUACUGCUCUCCCCAAAGCACUAUUUAUUAUCCUGUCUGCGCCACUACUUCUGUCAGCACAUUAAAUGGUUCUCAAAAGCU